UCCUCCACACCGGCUACUACGGCGAACUGCAGCACCACGGCCAGUGUCCGCAUUUUUGUCGUCUCGAUCCGUCGCUUAAAAAAUCCACCACCAUGAGCACCCAGUCUGCCUCCGCGCUUGCCCUGCGCACAAAGCUAGCAACUUGCUGAGCCUAAACAGUCUGAGAUCGCAGCGCCCGCUUCGUCUGCCUCGCCCGGGCCUGAUGCCGUUCUCCCCGUCCGGUGAGGUGCUGACCUCGCCCCUACACGUUGGGAUGGAAGCUCCGAGCACCGCCGAGAGAGCGGCCGGCGCCGGUUGUCCUCCUCAAGUAUGACCAAAGCUGCCGCGGCUGCGCUCCUGCCUCGGCAUGGAUUUUCCCGGCCAGAACAAUGAGCACGGGUCACGGGAGAGAAGGGUCGUGCUACUUCUACAGCAAACCGGCCCCUGUCAAGGAGGGGAAGCGGACCCGCAUGGUCGGCGGCGGCACCUGGCACCCGGAGACUGGCGCCAAACCCAUUCUAGGCGCCGAUGGGGAAUCCCUUGUUUCGAACAAGAGAACCUUCUCCUACGUGAAAAAGAGUCCGUCUGGGAUGGAAACAGCAUCCAAAGGGAGACAGCGUACCGGCUGGAUCAUGGUCGAGAUCUCGCUCGAGAAGCAGACCGGCGACGCCGACCACAUGGUGCUCUGCGUCUUGCACAAGUCGAAGAAGAAGUAUCCAGACACAUCCAUGGCAGCCGCUGCAGAGGCUGCACCGGGAUGCGAUGCGGAGCCGAGUGUACAUGAGUGGCUGGGCUUGUCCGACCGUGACAUACGUGCGGUGCCGAAGCCAGCUCCAUCCAUCGAUACGGCCGGUAGCACCAAAAUUCUCCUGCAGAAGGCCGCGGAGAAGGCAGUGAGCUACCACUUCGAAAAGGUGUGUGAAAUCAAGGAGUUCGUGGACUUCAAGGAGCGGCAUCUGAGGACAAUUGAUCAGCUUGGAUUGGACAGACCAAUUAUUUCAGGUUCAUUGCGUAAGUUGGAAUUGCGUCUUCAGCACGUUGCUAUGGACAAAAUUCUAACUCCUACAGAACGAGAUCACAUUGUUUCCUGUGGUGAAGACAUGUCUACAACAAUAUUUUCUGCAUAUUUAAAUAAACUCGGUAAAAGGGCACAACAGGAUUUCAGUGCACUAUAUAGGAUUGGGCUUAAUGUCCACGAUCAUGUCUGGGAAAGGGAAACCAAGGCGGCGAAUGAUUCCUCGGUGGUCCAUGGCAGUGAGGCAAAACACCGUCUACAAGUCCUCCAUGCAGCGUUCCUUGAGGUUGGCUUCUUAUCCAAGGUCAAGGGAGCAGAGAGCGAGUGCCCAAUGCCAGUGAACUCGGCUUCCAGCUCUGGCGAGAAGAGAAAGGCGGAUGAGGUCCACCCAGAGGCUCCUGCUGUGCGUCAGGAAAAGCCUGACACUGGCCGCAACAGUGUUGUGGAGGAAAGAGAGCGCACCGCGCUCUUUGAUGACAAGGCCGGGGACCCGCGCGAGUUCUUCGACACUAUACAAGAAGAUACCAUUGAGCCCGUCAGGACAGUAACUGAGGUUCAGCCCGAGCAGCCACCAGGUGUUGAGGAUGAGUACCCGGUGCCCCCCACUGGAGUCGACAACCCCUAUGGAAAUCAAGUUGGCGACUUCAACGCCGUAGUACCUGAAGUUCAACCGGGGCACCCUGAGGUGGGGGAGGGCAGCAAUGGAUUACCAAACUUUCUGGACCUGGACGAGACCGAGAGCAGUCGUCAUACAAUCAAGGAACCCAAUCACGGUGCUUUGAAGCGCCUCGAGAACUGGAUGGACUCUGACAGCAACGACUAUCCGACGCGCUCCGACGACAGUGCUAUGCAGAAUCCGGUGUUCGUGGAAUACCAGACGCUCGUCGGACGUCCCAAUGGCGGAGAUUCGGUGGUCUCCGGACACCCGAUGUUCGUUGGAGGCAACAACGGCGGAUAUCCGCCGGCCGCGGAGAACCCCGGGCCCGGGUUCGUCGGAGGCGUCGUAGGCGACAACAGCGUAUAUUCUGUCGGGUCGGCUGCCAAAAUUCUUGAAGAAGCCUGCCUGAUGUUCGACGAAGACGGCCACAGGUAUUUAGAUGACAUCAACAUGGAGGAGCCUCUUAUCGACAUAGACUUUCCGCUGUCCCCGUUUGCCUCUUAAUAAUAGCUGAGGUGUGUUUGAAAACUGAAAUAACUGAAGCAAUGGGUGUCUAGAGUUUGGGGACGUGCCCUCUCCGAGAAGUCAGCGUGUCGUAGCCUCGUAGGUAGGCCCUAUUUCGAUUGAAUGUCAGUGAGCACAUGAAAAAUACGUUCAACCUAGACAGUGUCUUAGAGUGUGAUGUUGAUAGAUAUGAAGUUUUGCUGGCAGAAAGCAUGAGUAGAUCAAUUGAUGUACAUUUAAUUGCGAAGAUACUCAUUGCAGUAUAUAUGUGUUGUAAGUACAAACAAAUAGAUUAUAUUGUACACGUGACG